AUGGAAGAUCAAGUGAAGUAUUUGAGAAGUCUUGGUCUGUCUGUCGUAAAUAUUUCUUCAAACGUUGAAGUUGAUCGUGCAAAGAUAGAGAAAGGAGAAUAUUCAAUUGUCCAUGGCUCACCUGAAGCAUGGCUUAUGAACCAGCGCUGGCUAUGUAUGUUGAGUAAUGAUGUCUACUCGAAGAAACUUUGUGUUGUGGCUGUCGAUGAACCUCAUGUUUUACGGCACUGGUAAGUCCGAGCUUUAUCGCGAUUUCCAUCACAGACGUUUCAAACUUUCAAAGAAACAAUUUCACUUAUAUUUUAAUAAAAAUGUGAGUAAAAACGGGAAACAAACACAUACACUAAACAAUAAUAUAAAAUAAUUAUCCAUUCUUCUUUGCUAAAAUUAUCUUAGAAACAUUGUAAGUUCAGUUUCUUCAAUACUUUUCCUGUAAAACUCUUAAAAAAUGAUUUAUUUCAAACGAAUUCAAUCUUAAUUUAAAAGUUUUCAUUGGUAUUGUUUUGUUUUAAACGUAAUUUAUGUUUUCUUUCCUCACUCACAAGCCACUAACAGUUCACAUACAUGGAGACAUUGCAGGGGAACAUCUGAGGACAAUAAAAUGGCAGCAUUGCGUGAGUGUUAUGGCCGACUUCACGAGCUGUGAUCAUUAGCACCAAAUGCCAACAUGAUUGCUUUGACUGCAAAGGCGAAUAACUUGAUAAAAAGAAACAAUUUUAAACAUCCUUCUUAGGGAGAAACCAUUUGAAGUCGAAGAAGGCCCAAACAAGCCAAGUGUAACUUACAUUGUGCAGUUUAUGCAAAAAGAUAUUGAUCAUGAGUUCUAUUUUGAGUGGCUGGUUGAAGAGUUAACAUUGGAAGGUAAAUUAGCAUUAUUUAUUGCCAGACUAUCAAGCAAUGCAGUGUUUUAUACGGAAUGAUCAAAGGCAUCCUUGGGAAGGAUAUUUAUAGUGGAACUGAUGAUGAUCCAGGAAAUGCACUUGUGGAAAUGCUCCACUCCUGCACACCAUCUGCAAACAAAGAGAAAAUUCUUCUUUCCUUCCAGUCAAUAAAUGGAACUAUUCAAUUGUUGAUUGCCUCGAUUGCCUUCGGAAUGGGGGAAGAUUGUAAGGGAGUGCAUAGAGUCAUUCACUAUGGACCUGCCAAAAUGUGGAAUCUUAUAUUCAGGAAACUGGGAGACCAAGCAGGGAUGGUACUCAAAGUUGUGUGUACAUUUUGUACCAUGGAAUCCUUCUAGCUCAUAUUGAUGGCUAUAUGAAACGAUAUGUAAAAACAAAUCUGCUCAAGCACUUUAACUGCAUUACUUGGCAGCACGAAGUUCUGCAUCUGUGCUGUGAUAAAUGUGCUGCAGAUUGUGAAUGCAGUUUGCCUGAUUGUGGAGCUUUAGCAUUUUAUCCUUGUUCUCAAUAGAAAGUAAACAAUGGUGCAUCAAUUAGAAAAAGGCAAGUGGAUGCAGAGCAGAGGAAAACUGUUGAGGGUCUUCUUGUUCAAUACUACAAGACCGUUCUUAUCAAACUGUUGAACACAACAGCUCAUGGUGACGUGAGGACAAAUUUACAAUCUAUGCUUGGAUUCUCCGAGCACCAAAUCACCAAGUUUUGGAUAAUCUGGAUGCAAUUUUCAGUUUAUCAGAUGUUUAUAGAUUUGUAG